UGCUUGUGACUCUUUCACAUUUGUACCAUACUCAACAUGCACAAGACUUGAUUGUCUCAUAACUUAACAGUUGUGACUUCCAGGCUAUUUUGAGGUGACAUUUUUUUUUCCACAUGAAAUCGUUGUUUUCUCAUGGAACCUUUUGAAAUUUACUCGCUGAUGGCGAUGAACACCAUUCUUUUGGACAUCUGUGCCGUCUACAGAAAGAUUGGUAAAUGUUUGAGUAUUUCACUAGCAUAAACAAUGUGUUUAGGAUUGUAUUAACCCUAAAGUAAGCCUAUGCUCAAAAAUGACAUCUUUUGGAGAUAAAUCAUGCAUAGUGGGCCAUAAGUUUUGUUGAUAACAAUAUCCCCAUUUGAUCACUAAACACGGCUUAUUUGAGACAAACAGAAAAGAUAUGGCUGACACAAGUCCACAGACUCGGUUGCAGAAAAGUUUGGUCAGCCGUCGUCAGUUUCUUCUAUCUGGGCUUGAGGAAUCUGAAAAGAGGGAGUUAGCUGAGAAGAUUUUUCGUCUUGGUGGAGUGUUUCUGGAGUCAGAGAAUUUUAAGCCGGCAUGUACACAUUUAGUAUGUGGUCGACUUUCUCGCAGUGAGAAGUUUUUGUGUGCCUGUGCUAUGGGGAUCUGGGUACUCCACCCUAGGUACAUCACAGACUCCGCAGAGAAAGGCGAGUGGCUAAGGGAGGAAGACUUUGAGUGGGUCAAUUUCUCCAGUGGUGUUUCAUUGGAAAUGGCUAAUGCAGCUCGUCGUUGGAGAUUUAAUGUGGAGGCUUUCAGGUCCUUUCCAUUUUCGGGAUGGAAAGCAGCAGUGAUUGUCCGAGGCUCCAGGAAAAGCUCUAUCUAUGCCAGACUGCUAUCGUGUGGUGGUGCCGAGGUCUACAAGUUGUCCCUGCCUGUGGGGAAUAGAAGCCGGGUAGCUAACAUUCUAACUUAUGUUUUUGUUGGAGAGCGCAACUUCCAAGAUGCUCUUCAUUUGAUUGAAUAUGGCAUCCUUUGUCUGCGUCCAGAGUUUAUUGGCGAUUACAUAUUACAGGAUCCCCCUCCCGACCCUCUAGAUUACCUCGUCAAAGCAGUCAGCAGUCCAUGCAAAAGAGAACUUUGUAAUGUAGACAUGGACAACAGUUUGAUGGACAUUCAACUCAGCCAGUCCACCUCUCUGCAGUCUACACCAUCCUCUCAGUUACUGGGGUCCCUUGAUACCGUGUCACGGGGGUCGGAAAGUAACACACCGCAAGGGUCGCUCAGUAACACUCCCCAGAAGCUGUCUAAUAAGGAUCCACAGAACAAUAGAGUCCUUAACUCUCCCUUUCUACCGGCAGAUUUCUCCAUGAGAGUGGAUGCUCCCUGUACCUCUUCGGCACCAGAUCAAUCACAGAGGAAAAGUAAAGAUCUGGACAGGAAGAGGAAGAUGACGGAUGACUUGGAUCAUGCUGUACAACAACUCAAGAGGGUCAAGGUAGCACAUCAAGGGGAUUUGUGGCAUUCUUCUGUGUUUACAGGAUUGUCAAUGGAAGACAAACAGAAGGUAGAAGUAGCCUCCCCCUUUUCUGAGAGCCUGGCUGGGAUGAUUAUGGCUUGUUUUGAGGAGGAAAGUAAUGAUCUGGAUUUCUUCCUGUCUGGAUUGGACUUGGUGAGGUCUAGUAUAUCAGAACGACAGUUCCCUACAGUCAAUAUCAUCAAAACUCUUGUAAGAGGACUACUAAAAGACAGAGGACCAAAUAGCUCCCAGACUGAGUUGAUCCAGUAUCGCUGUUACAAUGUGCUGAUGAAAAUCCUUUCUCUACACCCACCCACCAAUCAUAUGACCAUUGAGCUUUACCGGGCAGCUUACACAGAUACUCAGGAUACAACACAGACCCAGGGCACAGUAUUCAGAUCUUUUCUCCGGAGGUGGAGUGAGACAGACAAUGCGACUUUUCCCAAAGGCCAUGUUCUGCUGCUGAGAUUCAUUGUAGCUGCCAUGGAAGUCAAUCUCCAGCAUUAUUUGGACAGAAUUGAGAAGGGGGAGUUAAAUAUCCGAAAACUAAGGGGGUGUAUGUAUGCACAGAUUUUGUGGCCAGGCAACACACUGAUAUCUUUCAACACCAUGUGUAAGGACUUUGUUGUACUGUUUGGACUCUGUAUCACUGAAGAAAUGGAUGACUUAACAAAGAGAGACCUGAUUAAACUGACCACCAGCCUGAUUUGUAUGGCAGUGCUUAUAGCACAGUACGUAGAGACAGGACAGAGAGUGAACCUUCAGGAACCAAUUGUACCCAGCCAUACAGCAGCCUCCUUACUGCACGAAGCUGUACGACAGGUUCCAGGUACUCUCAGGAUAGACCUAUUAAGAACAAUUCUGAGAAACUUGAGUCCUUCUUGGAUUGCAGUCCAUUUCUGCUGUUUGCUUCUCAGAAAUCUAGAUGAUUAUCUUCUGCUUCAAGAUCUUCCAGCAGAGGGCAUAAGCCUGAAAGAAAUUGUUACAAAGUACUUCUUUUUGUUACCUAAACUUAACAGUAAUCAAAGUAAUCUAAUGCAGAGUUCACAUCAAAAGAGGAGUGCAUCCAGAUUACAGCAGGAGGCUAAUACUAGAACAAGGAGGUCAUUACUGAAGGGAAGAGACAAGGAGAACGAGAGAUUGGAUGACAAAGUCAGUAGCAUGUCAGCUGGAAAAAAUGUCAACAAGAAGAAUGUCAAAGGAGAAACCCCUCUACAGGUGGCAUGUAUUAAAAAUGAUCUUAAAAAGGUCAGGCAGCUUCUGAAGGUACCAGGUGUGGAUAUUAAUACCAGCGAUAAUGCAGGAUGGAGCCCAUUACAUGAAGCUUGUAAUUUUGGACAUGUAGAAAUUGUAAAAGAGUUGCUUAAUUUUGUUCCUGCCAAAACUAUGGACCAUUUCUUCAGUCCAGGAGGUGAUAAAAAGUGCAAGAAGGUCAAUCUGUUGGCAGUGACAGAUGAUCUUAUCACUCCACUACACGACGCAGUGAUGAACAACAGACUGGACGUGUGUAAACUACUCCUACAACAUGGAGGACCAGCCAUGUUAGAAUGUAAGACUGCUUUAAAUCAGACACCAUUAGAUCUGGCAACUACAAGUCAAAUGAAAGAACUUCUGUUGUCCUUCACAGAGGAUCGCUCAGCAAGGUCAUCUUCUCAGGGCAGCGUCAGCAGUGAUUGCCCUGCAGAUUCUCCACCCAGUGAUUAUCUGUAUGAACAGGUGCUUGGAGGGGAGGAUCGUGGUUUUGCAGACCGUGAGGAGUGUGCUAAAUACAUUGCUAUGAUUACUACAUUGAUUCAUUCCUAUCUUAAAGUGAUGGACUAUGAUCGAAUUCUGGCCCUAAUGAACAGAAAACUGAACCUUUCUUGUAAAAGUGACAUAUGCAAUGGGAUCAGUGAGAAAGCCAUAAAACAGUAUAAUGGAACGGAAGCUUGUUCAAAGAAAAUAAAUAGUCAUUUACAGAAUGAAAACAGAUCCACUCCAAGAAAAUCAAUGAAAGAUGUAGGUGUAUUACAAUUCCAUCAAGACUUUAGAACUGCCUUCAAAUUGUCAGUGUACAUUGAGAGGUUUGCUGGCCACAUCCUGAAAAUCACAGAGGACAAGGACUUUGAAAGUCUCAGAUUUGACCUGGGUUUGCUGAAACAGAUUGCCUUUUCUUGUAAGGUGUUGGCUCAUUAACAAUACUUCAAGAACUUACAAGAGGAUACAUGAAUGAAAGUAGCACAGUGUCUCAAACUUAAUUUGUGCUUAUUUAACAGACUUAAGAGGCAUCUGCAAUGUCAGAGGUCAUAAGCUGGUCCAGUAUGGUUGGUAUUCACAAGAAGUGCAUGUCAUCAUAUUGUUAAAUUUGUAGAAUUAAAAUUAUAGUUUUUUAAUUAAUUACAAUUUCAAUUCAAAUGAUAAAAAGGUAACUCCUUGUGUUGGAUACUCAGUUAAUAUGUGUUGUAAUAAGUCAUUUUUUGAAUAAAAUAGAUAA